AUGUGGCCGAGCCGCCGAGCUGCAGUUCUUGCCGAGCCGCCGAGCUGCAGUUCCUGCAAGCUCCCGAGCCGCCAAGCCGCCCGAGCCGCCCUGUCCGCUUGCGAUAGGGCAGACGGUCUCUCCUUCUUUGACCUCACCUCUGGUGCCUCUCCUGCCCCUGCUGCUGAUGCUGACGACACUAUUCGCUCACAGUGGGCCACACGCGAUGCUGCUGCACGUCUUGCUGUGCGGCGCCACCUGCCUACCUCUGAGCGUGCGCACAUUAGCCA